AGCACUUGGAGAAUCUACCUCGUCUGUUUAUCUCACAAGUGAUGGUGACUCCGGUGUUCGACAUACUCAAGAUCGACGUAUCGACGCUUCAGUUAGGAAACAGGGAGAGAGGCAGGCUGCACCGUUGAUGCAACCGGUGGUUGAGAGUGGGUCUUCUCGUCCAUUCGAUGACGAGGAUGAUGAUGAUAGGGGCUUUGAGUAUGAGUUGGAGGCCCAAUUGGACAUGGUCGAGGACGUUGUACCCACAGACGGUGUACCCAUAGACGGUGUACCCAUAGACGGUGUACCCACAGACGGUGUACCCACAAACGGUGUAAGUUUGCCCAUUACUUUAGUGAUUACGAAGGGCACGAGAGGGAGGUUUUUCAGAUCUGAGUCGAGCUCUACCACUACUCCGAGAUUUAGUAAACGACAUAAGCAAUUGACAGAUGAUUCUUGGAUGGUUAAAGGUCAUACUCCCGGUGGUCCGACGGAUGAUAGAGUCAUUCCUAGCUUUGGUGGACAUGUUGCCCGACAAAUUUUGGACGGGGUGGAGAGACAGAUAGAAGUCUUGAAGUGCCAGAAUAGAAGCCAUGCUGGCUCGACUCUCAGGAGCUGGCUAGAUGACUUUUCUGAUGAUUUGAGGCGACGUGUUGAUGCGACUGGAUUAUCUCACCUACCAUUUUGCAUGUUUCCUCAUAUCGACAUGCCUUUGAUUUCUGCGUUCGUUGAGCGGUGGCAGCCCGACACGAACACUUUUCACAUGCCGUUCGGGGAGAUGACUAUUAUGUUUCAUGAUGUGUGGCAUAUCCUUCGCAUUCCAGUUGAGGGGCGUUUUAUUUUUGUUGAGAGUAGUAGCGAGCAUUUAAAGUGUGACAUGGUGGAGCUACUUGGCGUUAGUUUUGAUGAGCUUAAAUCCCCUCACUGGGUUGGUGGUGGUGUGGCAAUCGAGACCAUAGUCGCUCGUUGUCAUAUGGUUGAUCGGACUCCUGAUACGAGUUUGGUUGGUUGGAUGUUUUGAUGCUUGGAACAUCGUUAUUUGUCGACAAGAGUGGUAGUAGGAUUAUACCAUCGAGCAUACUCGAGCAUAAGGAUGGUGGCGUAGAUAGUGUUACUUAGUAUUCAUGGGGAGCCGCCUCACUAGCUUUCCUUUAUCGCCAGCUUGGGGUGGCUAGUCGGGGUGGCAGCCAGGGCAUUUCAGGAUGUUUGACGCUAUUUCAGGCAUGGAUAUAUGAGUAUUUUCCUACUUUUCGUCCACACACUUCUCGACUUACUUGUGAGACGGGUACGGCUCGUGCCUGCAUGUGGAGCAUUAGACAAGAGCGCAGGAGUUUAGUUUGACUACAGUGAUUUUGUACAUCCAUAGAUCAGUUGACGUCUGUAGAGGUAACAUGGUUGCCUUACGGUCCUGACCCUGCAUUGGCUGUUCCGAGGACCACACUCUGUGGGUGGCUUCGAUAUCGUGAUAUUUGAUAUGUGUGUUUUAUAUAGUGUUUCACCCCCGUCCCUUAGUACUUUUAUGCGUCAAAUGAGCUCUUAGGAGCCGUUUUUAGUGUUAAUAUGCUUUAUUGAGUGUGCCUUGAGUUUCAGGUUUGAUUAUGAGAAAUUGGUCUUUUUAUGACCCGUUUCAUGUUGAUUUAGGCCACUACUCGAGCCCGAGGAAGUUCGGGACCUUUAUCGUCGACUUUUGGGAACCUUAGAUGCUUAUGGUUGAGCCCCGAGAGUUAGACUUGGUGAUAUGGGCGAAGGAUAUUGAAGAUUGCAAAUCGCCCUGUGCGCCGAGGGCGAAACGCGACGAUCGGGCGGAUUUAAAAGAGGAUUAAUGUCAUCUACACGCGCCCGAUCGGGCGCAGCUCGCCCGGUCCGGAUCGGGCGCCCAUCAGAAGGCAAUAUGGACACUUCGCAAACCGCCCGAUCGGGCGGAAUUUGGCCCGAUCGGGCCGACUAUCGAGCACUUCGCCCGAUCGGGCGAAGCGUCGCCCGAUCGGGCGACGCCAACCUCCAGCUAUUUUCGCGUGGUUUCUUUUCCGUUUUUAAGCUUUAUUUUAGGAAAACUAUAUAAGCUAGCCUUUAUUAUUUUUGAAGGACACCUUUUAUUUUGAGUUUUGAACCUUAGUUUAUUUCCUUAGCUUAUUACUCUCUCAAAUUUGUUCCAACACUUAGUUUUAUUUUCAAUCAAAAAUUCAAGCUUUCAUUAUUCAUUGUUCUUCAAUUAGGUAUUGUUUCUUGUUCUAAUUUAGUUUAUUGCUUUAAUCAUGUUUUCUAUUAUGUUAAUUGCUUUGUUAUUUAUUAUCAUGAGUGAGUAGUUUAAUUUCUAGGGUUUAGGGGAUCCAUGAAUGCAUGAUUGGGAUUAUAUGUGGACAUGAUAUUUGAUUGAUUGAUUAUAAUUUCUAUAGCUUAUUAUUAUUGCUCGUCAAUUCUGUUCGGCCGGACUAUUUUGAUUUGAGUUUGAUUAAUCUUAGAUUAUGCGCCGAGAGGUAUAAAUCUGAUGUUUUUGGUCUGUGGCUAUUAGAUAGGAAUUAUUUCUAGUACGUAGCGAGAGCCCGCUAGUUGUUCUAUCCUAAGGAAUUCAUAAGAUUCGAGAGAUGCAUGAUUUCCUAGUUAUGAUUGUUAAUUGAUUGUUAUUGUCCGUUGUCCAAUCCCGGUCUGUGUUUAUGGUGAAUCGCUGUCCUGGAUUCCCUUAAUAUUGUUAUAUUCCAGUUUGAUUAUUUGCUUUAGCUUAAUAUACAAACCAAUCCAACUCUUUGUUACCAGUAGUCUAGAUUAGUUAAUUAAUAAUAGAAGAACGCUGUUUCCCUGUGGAUACGAUCCCUGCUUCCCUUGCUAUAUUUUUAGUUGGUGAACGUUAGGUUUAUCUUUGAUAGGAGUGCGAUUUAGCCUGUCAAAUUUUGGCACCGUUGCCGGGGAAACGAUUUUAUUUUCUGUUAUUAAUUGUUUUUCUAGAUUAUUGUUUGUUACUGCUCAAAGGACUCCCGUUCAUUGAGAUCGGAUCUCACGAUUUUUUUUUCUAGUUUUUGCUUGUUUAUGCCCAGGACUGUCCAUACCAGCGAUCUGACUUCGUUCGAUCCUGAACCUGAACGGACCUUUCGUAGACGGCGUAGAUUCGUUGAACAGUUGAGAGACUAUUCUGACUCUGAAUCCGACUAUCUGAUUAGCAAUCUAUUCCAUACAGAUUCAGAGAUGGGUGACCAAGCACCACCACCACCACCCCCACUUGUGCCCAGGCUUACAGACUAUUCUAAACCAAGUCUGUCUAUGCUUCCCAAGGCAAUCAUGCCUUCCAUUGCGGUCGAGAAUUUCAAGAUCGAACCCCAGCUGAUAAACAUGAUCGAGAGACACCAAUUCGGUAGGGAAAAGGGUGAAGAUCCUAAUCUCCAUAUUCAGUCUUUCAUUCAGUAUUGUGCCACCAUUAAGCAGAAGAAUUUAACACCGGAGCAGACUAUGGAGAUACUCUUUCCAUUUUCAUUGAGUGGGAAGGCCAAGCUAUGGAUUAACAGUCUCAACCGCGCAGCUAUGAAAAUCACCGAUUGGAAUUCCUUGGCCCUUGCGUUCUAUGUUAAAUAUUUCCCACCUGAGAAGACAGCUCGUCUGAGGGGUCAGAUAUUAGGUAUCUCUCAACAAGCAGAUGAGAGUUUGUUCAAAGUUUGGGAGAGAUUCAAGGACUUGCAAAGAGAGUGCCCGCAUCAUGGUUUGGAUGACUGGUUCCUGGUUCAGCAGUUCUAUAAUGGUCUGGGUAAUGAGUCUAGGUGUCUUUUGGAUUCAGCUGCCAGCGGGAGAUUUAUGCAACUGGAGGUGCCUAGAGCUUUAGAGGUGAUUGAGGAGAUGGCCAUCCAUAGUGCCCAAUAUGGGAAUCCUAGAGGUUUUGCCGAUCGUGGUGUUAAGCAUGAGAUGAACUCUAUUGAACAGCUUACUGCUCAACUAACUGCCCUACAUCACAAGCUGUAUAAUAUGCAAAACGCAUCUUCCCAAGCCACCCAACAAGCUAGUGUCGCCGCAAUGAGUGCUCAGUUGACCAAUGUCUGUAAUAGUUGUGGGAUGCAAGGUCAUUAUGCACCGGAAUGUAGGAGCUCUAUUGAACAAUGCAAUGCAUUCCAGGCCUACAAGCAGAACAAUCCGUACUCCAACUCAUACAAUGAGGGGUAUAAAAACAACCCCCUAUUAUCAUAUAGGUUCAACACCCUCCACCACCACAACAACCUUACCAACCACCACCACAACAACCCUACCAACCGCGGAGUAACUACAACCCGCAGCCUAGUGGGCCACCUGGCUUUCCUCCACAGCCUCAACCCACACAACCUGAUCCCAUGCUUGUUGAGAUGCGGAAUAUGAUGUUAGAAUUGCAGAGGUCUCUGAGCGAAAAGGAUGCCAAAAUCGAUGCCCUCACUGCUCAUAACAAGAUCAUGGAUAAACAGUUGGCACAAAUGGCUACUACUCUCGCAGAGAGACCCAAGGGUCAACUCCCUUCACAGCCUGUGACCAGAGAGUCUGUAAAUGCUGUCACUUUGCGGAGUGGAUAUGAGUAUGAUGGGCCACCUAUGACUAUAGAGGAAGGGGUUGAAGUAUCUGUCAGUGGUGCUGUACCAAGAGAAAGUGAGAAGGUGGUCAAGGAGAAGGAAGCUGACACAAGGGUUGAGAAGAAAGUUGAGAUACAAGUUCCACCUAUCAAACUUCCCUUCCCUCAUCGUCAGCUAAAGAACAAGCUAGACAAGCAGUUUGGUAAGUUCUUAGAAGUGGUAAAGAAUCUGCAGGUAACGGUCCCUUUCACUGAAUUAAUUACUCAAGUACCUGCAUAUGCUAAAUACAUGAAAGACAUCUUGACUAGGAAGAGAGCAUUUAGUGAGGUGGAGACUGUUGCAUUUACUGAAGAGUGCAGUGCCUUACUACAAAAUAAGUCUCCACCCAAGUUGAAGGACCCCGGGAGUUUCUCUAUCCCAUGUAAUAUUGGCAACCUUUUUAUUGACAAAGCCUUAUGUGAUUUAGGUGCCAGUGUUAGUGUCAUGCCCCUGUCUGUAUGUACUAAGUUGAACAUGGGUGAUUUAAAAGUUACCAACAUAACUUUGCAAAUGGAUGAUAGAUCUGUAAAAUACCCCCUAGGUGUUCUAGAAGAUGUGCCUGUUAGAGUAGGUAAAUUUUUUAUCCCUGUUGAUUUUGUUGUGUUGGACAUGGAAGAGGACAGGCAAAUUCCUAUUAUUUUAGGUCGACCUUUCCUACACACUGCGGGGGCAAUCAUAGAUGUCAAGAAUGGCAAGCUGACCUUAAAUGUGGGGGAUGACAAGGUUACUUUCAAUUUAACCCAUGUUGCUAAGAGCCCUAUGGUAGAGGAGUCAUGUUUUGGAGCCAAUGUUUCUAAUGAUUGUUUUAACACUGAAUUGACUCAUACUAACUCUAAUAACUCCUCGGAAAAAGAGCAUGUUUCAAAUUGUUUUGCAGGUGGAGAUGAUCGGAGUAUGAACUCUUCGGCAUGGGUUCGAAGGAAAGCACGAUUUGAUGAUGCUGAGACCCGAAAGUUCGGUGAACGGUGGGCACCGCAUUCAUGAUCAGGGUCGUGGUCUGUCACUUCCCGCGCCACAUAGCUCAUCCAAGGCAAUUGAUUUGACACCAGAUGGCACCAUCUUUGGUGCCCCCAUUCGAUGAGUUGUCGUGGCUCUCAUCCCUUUCCUUUCGUUGUCUAUGCAUAAACUGAGAUUGUGUAAUGGGGACAUUACACCAAUCUAAUAGGGGAUGAGUACUUAACUAUCCAUUUAUUGCUUUCCGUAGUGUACUUUAUACUUUCGUUUUGUGUGUUUUAGUUUAAUUUUUGAUCAAGUGUGUGAUUCAGUGUAGUCUUUAGUAUUGGAGAGGCGAGAUGAGGGUAUUUUACGGUUUUGGUGUUUAAUGUUAUGCAGGUCUAAGGCCCCAAGCACGAAAAGGUUUAAUCAAAGCCAAACGGAGCAGCUUGCAUUUCACCCGAUCCGGAUCGGGCGAGGUGCGCCCGAUCGGGCGCGUGUCGAUACAAAUAAAAAUUUGGGAAAUCGCCCGACCGGGCUAAAGUGGCCCGAUCGACACAAAAGGCGAGUGAAAUGCCCGAUCGGGCGAAAUUCCGCGACGAUCGGGCGGUUGAUGAUGACGUCAUAGAAAGGUCAAGGAAGGAUUCUGGGCUGAGAAAAGUCAACAAAACAAGGCAUUGCAUUUCGCCCGAUCCGGAUCGGGCGAGGUGCGCCCGAUCGGGCGCGCACAGAUGUAAAGAAAUUGAUGAAAAAGCGCCCGAUCGGGCGAGCUGUUGCCCGACCGGGCGAAACGCGAAUCAGUGAGAUAAGUCACGGGAAUACCCUUAUUCCUUCACUUUCUUUUCAUCUUCAACCUCAAGUUCUCUCUCUUCCUCCAUUAAACCCCAACCUCCAAUAACUUCCAACCUCCAUAACUCCCUCAAUUCUCAACCAAAUUCAACAAUCUUUACAUCAAAAUCAUCCUCUCAUCAUCCUCUACAACCUAUACCCAACCAAUUUUAGUUUACUCCGUCUCCACCAAAUCCCCAAAUUUCACAAAAAACCUCAAAACCACCAAAAAAAUUCAGAUUUCUACCAUGGUUACUCGACCAAGGAGGAGUUGUACCACACAACCACGGAACCAACAUGAGGCUUCCACUAGCCGAGCAAGGGAACCGACACCACCACCUCCGCCGCCCCAAAUCGAAGCCGAUGAGGACUUCCCGGAUGUCAUUUUUGCAACGAAGUGGCAACGAGACCGAUUCAUCCACCUCAAGAAGAGGGAGGUAAUACCCACUCGUUUUAUUUGUCAAAGAUCUUUGCAUGCAAUGGGUAUUGAGAGUGAUGUAAAACGUCUUUUUCAUGGUGUCGGUAUGAAAGAUAUGUAUAGUAUGUUGCGUCUCACCUUUAGGCGUAUAACUUUAGAAUUUCUGAGUUCGUUGGCUUUGCGUAAAGAUGGUUAUAGAACUGUGUCCGCGGUUCAGUUUUGCUUGAUGAACCGCAAUGUUACCAUGAGUAUAGCUGAUUUUGGUGGGAUUUUUGUCUUGUCCACCGCCUAUAGUAGGAAACCUGGUAGUGCACAUAACAACUGUACAAUGUGGGGAAAGCUGACGGGUAAUGAUAAUCCCGGUAGUAUGCAACAUUUGCAUGCUUCCAAGAUACAACACCCUGUCCCUAUUGUUUUCUACAGGUUUCUGGGGUUUACAAUUUUUGGUAAAGAGGAGACCCAAAAUGUGAGGAGUACUGAGCUGGAGAUUUUGGGUGGCUAUGUUUUAGAAGGGCAAGAGAGGUAUAAAAUGAACCUAGCACAUCAUAUGGCCUCCCAACUCUUUUCUAUAGCCACUAGCAUACAUACCCCUCGCAUUACCGUUGGUGGGUUGAUCACCCACAUUGCCAUGGCCACAAUUAACUUUGUUGAGGCUAACCAAACCCCGGUUUUGGGUAGCAACUUACUUGAUUUGGCCAAUUUUGCUGGACUACGUCGCCUACAGGGUGAGCAUGGGUUGUUUAGGCUGGGUGCCAUGUGGUGGAUGUUCGAGGGGAACAGGAUUUUCACCUUGCCUGACCCCCAGGGCCGCACCCGUUUCAGACCCGGUCAGGCUCACUAUUUAUAUGGUGGAUUUGAGGGUGAGCCACAACCUGACCCCCAGCCAGAGCCCCACCAGUUCGAGCCCGAGCCUCGCACCUACUUUAGGAGGGGGCGUCGAGGGGAUGAGGGGAGGCCACAGGGUAGGCCUACACCAGAGGAGGAGUAGGGGUCCAUUCAUGAGAGGUUGGACAGACUUGAGCUCGGUUCCCAUGAGUUCGCGGCUGAUCACCAGAGGACCAUGUUCCCCUUCUAUGAUCAUUAUGCCAGGCAGGGCUACAUUACCCCGGACGCUCAACACCCUUCCUGGUUUACCUAUCCCGCGGAGGGAUAUGGAGUUCCCGGUGCCAUGGGAAAUUUCACACCCACCCACUACGGUGGGUUUGGAGCAGGCACUAGCGGUUUUGGCGGUCGGGGAGGUGAUGAUGGUGAUGAUGGCCAAGGCCAUCAGUGACGCUGAGGAGGAUCGAGAUGGUCCGAUACCCCUUGAGCCAAUGAGGACAUUGUCUGAUUUAGCUUGGGGGGGUGUUUCACUCACUUGUACAUAUUAGGUAUGUUUUCUUAUUAUUUUUGAUUUUACUUAUUUUUGGUGUGUUUACUGUUUUCUAGAGUAGUUUAUUGCUUUGAGAAAAAAAAAAUAUAUACAAAAAUACGUUCCGAUGAAUACAAUUUCAUGCUUCCCUGUGCCCCUUGAACGAAAAUUGUUUUUGAUUCUUGGUAUUUGAUGAUGGGCAAUGUAGAUGUGUUAGCCAUGAUUUGAUAUUCGAUUGCUUUGAUGCCUUAACAUGAGUCAACUCCGACUAACUAUUUGUGGACUUGGUGCUUGACUAGUUGAUUUGGUUAGGAUGUGUGAUAGCUUCCUGGUGUGUCAUUGAUUUUGAGUAUUGAUUUGCAACUAUUAGUAGUGUUUUAUGACUCAUAUACAUGCACAUUGUGGAGGACGAAGGCAUUUUUCUGAUUAGGUAGCCUUCAGAUGAAUCUAGAUACAUUUUUUCCCUUCUUUUCUGCCCAUGUUGUUGCUUGUGCCCUUUUAUUCGGUGACUAGCCAUAUUACAAGCCCAUGAAAACCCCAUUGGUUACUAGUCCCAAGCCUAGCUUGGGGGAGCUAAUAGUAGUGAGGUGAGGGAGUUGUAGUGUGCUACAUUUUGAGCACAAAGUGGGUAUUGAAAAUGGAGUUCGUCUUAUCAUGUUUGUUGUUGAAAAUGAGUUGGAAAUGAAAAGAGAUGAAAGAACAAAACAAAUGUGAAGGUUGCUAAAAAGAAAGAAAAUAAAGAGAGAUUGAAAAAGAAAAGAAAGAGAAAAAUCUAUUACUCUCAUAAAAAGUUCAAAGUAUUGUUUCAAUCAAGUUCUGCAAAUUCAUAUCCUUAUGAGUGAUUGGUUACAAUUGUGAAAAAGGGCAAGAAAGUAUGGUGUUGGCUAUUUGUUUUUUUGUCAUGUGUUGAGUGGGAGAUUAUGGUCAUUAUGUUGGUUGAUCAUGGUUGUUUUUAGGAUUUAUGCUCCCCAAAGCCAAGGCUUUAAAGCUCACAUUAUACCAAAUUUACCGCACCCUUACCUAAGCCUAACAUUACAAGCUUUGAAGACCUUCCGACCUUUGUGCAUAGAGUCGUACUUAUGUGAAAGUAGUUGUUUAUCAAUGCAAGUUAUGACAUGACGCAUUUCGAGUUGACUACUAGGUCGAGUGUAUGUUUUUCUAGACACACGAGUGUUGUGAGUUUGGGAGGGCAUUGUUCACUUAUAUGUUGGGAGGAGAGCGAAGGGGUACAUCUUUUAUCCGCCCCAUAAAUGAGUGACGAGUGUGUGAGCACUAGUCUUGAAUUCCAUUGUGCAUUUGUGGUUCGCUUUGCGUGACGAUUGUUAAGAUGGAUUAGCGGUUGAAUGGAUUUGAUUGGUUGAAAUUGAUGCAUGCUUGUUGGAUUUUGCCUUGAAUUAUGUGUUUCAUUUUGAAAUAUGUUGGGGGUGAAGUUGGUCUUGUAUUCAUCGAUGAUUUCCUUGCUUAGGGACAAGCAAGGAUCUAGCUUGGGGGAGUUUGAUAUGUGUGUUUUAUAUAGUGUUUCACCUCCGUCCCUUAGUACUUUUAUGCGUCAAAUGAGCUCUUAGGAGCCGUUUUUAGUGCUAAUAUGCUUUAUUGAGUGUGCCUUGAGUUUCAGGUUUGAUUAUGAGAAAUUGGUCUUUUUAAGACCCGUUUCAUGUUGAUUUAGGCCACUACUCGAGCCCGAGGAAGUUCGGGACCUUUAUCGUCGACUUUCGGGAACUUAGAUGCUUAUGGUUGAGCCCCGAGAGUUAGAUUUGGUGAUACGGGCGAAGGAUAUUGAAGAUUGCAAAUCGCCCUGUGAGCCGAGGGCGAAACGCGACGAUCAGGCGGAUUUAAAAGAGGAUUAAUGUCAUCUACACGCGCCCGAUCGGGCGCAGCUCGCCCGGUCCGGGUCGGGCGCCCAUCAGAAGGCAAUAUGGACACUUCGCAAACCGCCCGAUCGGGCGGAAUUUGGCCCGAUCGGGCCGACUAUCGAGCACUUCGCCCGAUCGGGCGACGCCAACCUCCAGCUAUUUUCGCGUGGUUUCUUUUCCGUUUUUAAGCUUUAUUUUAGGAAAACUAUAUAAGCUAGCCUUUAUUAUUUUUGAAGGACACCUUUUAUUUUGAGUUUUGAACCUUAGUUUAUUUCCUUAGCUUAUUACUCUCUCAAAUUUGUUCCAACACUUAGUUUUAUUUUCAAUAAAAAAUUCAAGCUUUCAUUAUU